AUGAGCCCUCACGCCAACGUCGCCAACGGCGCCGCCCUCGAAGAAAUCUCCGACGCUGUCGACAACGUCAACGUUCUCAAACAGAACCUCAAGGAAAAGGCCCAGGCCGAGAAAGACCUCUACGAGGAGUCCGAGUUCGACAAGGAAAAGGACAAGACCCAGUUCCGCCAGUACGAGGACGCCUGCGACCGCGUCAAGAACUUCUACAAGGAACAGCACACCAAGCAGACAGUCGCCUACAACCUCAAGGCCCGCAAUGAUUUCCACUCCAAGACCCGCGCCGAGAUGUCCGUCUGGGACGCCAUGGAGAAGCUCAACACCCUGAUCGACGAAAGUGACCCUGACACCUCCCUCUCCCAGAUCGACCACUUGCUACAGUCCGCCGAGGCCAUCCGCCGCGAUGGCAAGCCCCGCUGGAUGCAGCUGACCGGUCUCAUCCACGACCUGGGCAAGCUGCUCUUCUUCUACGAUGCCCGCGGCCAGUGGGACGUCGUCGGCGACACAUUCCCCGUCGGCUGCGGGUUCGACGAGCGCAUCAUCUACGGCACCGAGUCAUUCGAGGAUAACGAGGACUUCGGCCACCCUAUCUACUCUACCCCCAACGGCAUCUACAACCCAGGCUGCGGGCUCGACAAUGUCAUGCUCUCAUGGGGCCACGACGAGUAUCUCUACCACGUUGUCAAGGAGCAGUCGACCCUCCCCGACGAGGCCCUCGCCAUGAUCCGGUACCACUCAUUCUACCCGUGGCACAACGCCGGUGCGUACCGGCACCUGAUGAACGAGAAGGACGAGGAGAUGCUCAAGGCUGUGAAGGCUUUCAACCCGUAUGAUCUGUACAGCAAGAGCGACGACGUCCCGACGGUCGAGGAGCUGAAGCCUUACUACUUCGACCUGAUUGAUGAGUUCUUCCCUACCAAGAUCAUCAAGUGGUAG